CGUCAUUGCGAAAUAGUUAUCAAAAAAUGAAAUAUCCGACAAUUAUUUUGUUAGUUGUGGCCGCAUACGUUUUGCCAACGUUUGCAGGUAACGACUACCUUUGGGGCGAAAUCGGGCCGAAUGACUACAAACUGGCCAAGGAUACGGUUUCAAAGGCGUUUUUUGUGGGCCUCGUUCAGACCAAAAAAUACGUAUUCAAGCAGUCCGAUAACCUUAAUGCCUUAACGAUUACGGCCAUUCAAGUCACCGACAAGAAGAAGAGCCAUGGAGCAACUGCCGUGCUCGUAAGUGGAGGUCCUGGAUCCAAAGGAGCCACCAUUAAGUUCACAUCCGAGAGAGGGUAUGCAAUCAAGGACGUAGUGGAAAUUUGGGGUCGUUGAUUUGUUCAAAACAAUUACACUUCCUCCGUGAAUAAUGAAAUGCAAUGCAAUGAACAAA